GGGACAUCAGGAAGAGUACCCAUGAGACGGCCUGUGGGCAAGAUGAGAAACCAGUGAUUGGUGAUUCACAUUUACUCUACUGGAGAGAAAGAGAGACUUUAUUCAGUUAGGAGUUAGACAGACUGUGGCCUUCCAUGGCUGAUCCACUUGUAGCACUGGCUUGUGGACUGUCUGCAGCAUUUCUCUUCCUGUUGCUGUUUGGCCUAUCAGUGUAUCUACUGUGGAGGAAGAGACGAACUCAAAUGCUCUACAGGGGACUGAUACCUACCACCCCCACAAUCCCACGAUGCACCACUCCAGUGCUUCAGACAUCACAGAGCAGCAGCUAUGGCUCAGGUGAUGUUCCUUUCUUUGUGCCUCCUCGGUUCAAGACAACACCCCAACUAAAAGAGGGGAAAGAAGAAACAGAGCAUGCUGAGGAAUGGGAACUCCAUCCAGAUCUGCACACCCAGCGAGGCUCUCUGACAGUAGGGAGUUGGUUCCCCCUGGGCAGCAUAAGACCAGACCUGUACGAGCUCCCAGAGGAGCCCAGUGAAUGGGCCCUUCCCAAUGGCUCAGCCAUUCGUCUGUGGUUCGCUCUGCGGUAUCAGAAGGAGAGAGAGCAGCUGGUGGUGUCUCUGCUCCGUGCCGCUAACCUGCCCACUCUGUGUCAGGGAAAUGUCACACUGGUAAAACUGCAGCUGUUACCAUCUGAUGACCGAAGACACCAUCAAGCCAAAGCACGACGGAAAGGUUGUCAUCCGCAGUUCAACGACACCUUUGUGUUUCAGGUAUCUAAUAGCUGUGUCGACCAGUGCUCUUUGAGUAUGAGCAUGUACACUGUGGACCAUCAGAAGAAGCACCGUCUUGUAGGUCAAGUCCUGAUCCCACUCAGAUAUUCUGAACUGAAGGAGACGGCAGGCAAAGUGCAGUGGAGGGAUCUGGACAAUGAAAGUGAUCAACCCCUUUCAAAAAACGGUGACAUCCAGGUGUCUUUGAACUACAAUCAGUCCCUGCACCGCCUCACUGUGGUUGUUCUACGAGCGCGAGGUUUGCAGUGUUGCAGUGAUGCAGGUGUGUGCGCCCAGGUCUCUCUGAAGAUACAUACUCAGGUGGUGAGGAACAAGUGGACCACUGUAGCGAAAGGAAAUAAUCCAUCUUUUAAUGAGAGGCUUACCUUCAGACUCCUCCCCAUGCAGCUGGACACAGCCUGUCUGACCCUACAGCUCCAGCAGCCCAGCACAGAGGAACCCGUGUUGUUGGGCAUUGUGGUCAUUGGGCCGUUCAUGUAUGCGAGGGGCAGAGAGCUGGAACACUGGAACGACAUGGUCAGCAAACCACAGGAGCUGGUCAGGCAAUGGCACCCACUGGGAUCCGCUGACACAGUACAGGGCCCUCAAUGAACAACAUG